AUGCAUGCAGUUCAUGGUCUGGUGCUUCGGGGAGGAAUUGAACGACUCUCAUUGCUGGGAGACGAUAAAAUAUAUCUAGAUCUGACCGGGGCCACCCACCCAUCCCCACCACCGCCACUCCAGCUGGAGAAUCACAGCAGCGUCAACGUUCUCAACUCAGCGGACCUGCACAUGUCAAGCCUCAGCUACUUACAGCUGGCUCCCAGCGUUCGACAUCGCAGUGGUCCAAGACUGCAUAUACCAGCGCUGCUCCGGCUGCCAAGCCCUGCGCCCGCCCACGUCCCGCCGCUCCCUUUUUCCCCUCUUGACACGCCGUACUCGGCUGACCGACACGUCCCUUUGCGGGGACUCGGAGUUCACUAUCUGACACGUCUCUUCUUGCCAGGUGGUUUGCUGCGCACGCACCAUUUGCCCCCCCCCUUCGGCUGGUCUCUUCCGUUCCCUGCCCUCGUGGCUCCCUUGCUCUUUUUCCCCCUGCUCCCUUCGCUGCUUUCUUUGCCUCCUGCUCCAGAUCCUUAUUACUACGUGACCUGUGUUGCCGCCUAG